AUGUCAAACACUUCUGACAGCAAUGACACCCUUCAAUACAUGCAAAACAAUAUUCGAAAAGAGCUUUUCGAAUCGGAACUCUUUGAUUCUGAGGUAUUUUCAAAACAAGAUCAAGCCAUGUCUCUGUACUUGUUUGUGAAAAACGGAUGCAAUACGAAAGCAUUGGAAUUACAAGUGAAACAAUUUGAUCAAGCUCGAUUUAGAAAUAGAGAGACAAAAUUUGAUGAUGAAAUUUCGUCCUUGUUUGAAUCCUUGUGUGUGACCAAAGAAUUAUUCGGAACUCCUCCAUGUCUGAAACGCUACGAACAAACCUCCUUUUUACAUGAUUCCUUCACAGCCUCAACUUGA